GGAAUCCCUUCUCAAAAAGGUAUAUAAGUUCAGUGACAAAAUCUUUCCGCAUGAACGCCAUAUAUGGAACUCAUUUUAGCUGCUGCCUUUUUAUAAACGAUUUUAUUUCCAAAAGGAUUUCGAUAUCCUUUAAUAAACGUGUAUUUCUCGAGUCGAUCAUCAAAAUCAUGCCUUUCAUUGAUGACGACUUGCUGUGGUGUCCCGAUAAUGACGGGAAAAUGGUCGAUCUCUCAUGUCUGACUGCCGCUCAGAGUGUCCAACCGACUGCAGUUCCGCCACUCAGUCAAGGAGGAGAGUUCUCAGACCUCACCGAACUUUCACAUGCUGACCUGAAUGGCCUCGUGUCCGAGAUCGAAGGCGAGGAUGAGAUUUUCAAACAGUUUGGUAAUUUCGAACUGGACAACAUUUUCGCCGAAUUCGACGAGAAAGUUGGGGAUUGCACUACAUUGCUCAACAACCACACAGAGGCUGAUGAUUUCCUCAGGAAAAGAUUAGCCAAAAGAAACUAUUUGGACGAUCACAGAGAAAAUUCACACUUCUGUAGCAACGGGGUUGUUAGUAGUAGCAAUCAAGUCCAGUGCAGCAGUUCUGUAUCAAACGAUGACUGCCACAGCCUGCAGUUGGGAGGCAACGUGGAGGGCACCACGAUUGCAGUCAGGGGUAGCAUAACCCUCAGCAGUGGACGUUACCUGCCUUCUAUGAAUGCCAAUCAUUCAGUGAACCUGCCCCUCUCAUAUGGAGAGCCAUCGACUCCACCUUGCUCCUCAUCCUCUUACAUCUCCCUCUCGAGUGCCACACCAACCCUUUCUAGCCUCCUCAACACACCUUCACUGCACAACCAGUCGUUGAACCUGCUGAAGAGUGUCAGCAAUACCUCGUCCCCGUCGACGCCCGUCUCUUCUCGGACAACCAGUAGUCAUUGCCUCAAUUCCCCAUUGCCAUCCCUAAUCAAGAAUAAGAAUAUAGUCGCCGCCAACCCGCUGUUAGCAGAGAAACUUGCGGCGCCUGCCGCCCCGUUGCCUCCAACGUCGUGCGCCGCAUUAGCGCAAAGUCUGGGCAUCGGACCGAUCAAGGAAGAGCCCCCGUCAUCACCGCGCUCCAUGUCUCCCUUCUCGAUGCUCACCUCUUCGUUGAACGUCGACUGCGACAACCUUCAACCACCACUGCCUUCACCUGACUCCAGCAAAGUUGAUACGGCGGUGGAUGGCGGCCGUCACGGUGUUGCUGGAUCGGCGGGACGAUUGGUGUUGCAAGCGAGCCGCAAUAACGGCUACAACACGGAGACGGGCACGCCGACGACGACGGCCGGUGGCGGCGUUCAAUCGUCCACCGUUGGGCGCCAACUUCAUUCGCUUCAACAGCAACAACAACAACCUCCCACAUCGUCUGCGACGACGUCGCCCGUCGCGACGGAACCUCCCAGGACUUUGCUGCGGGGCAUCCUUAGCCAACAACCGGGCGCUUCUGGCUUGGCCAGCAAUAACAAUAACGCGACGGCUAGCAACAACAGCAGCAGCAGCAGCAGCAGCAGUAGCGCAAGUGCCGUUUUGGGUCUGGUCAAUCUGCACAGCAUCCUUCAACCGGGUCAUCCAGCUUUGCGUCCGGCAGGACCUUCCGACCCUCAACAAGCUGCCUACCACCACCUCCACCACCACCUAAACCUCCACCAGCAACAGCAGAUUCUUCGCCAUCCGUCGUUAGUGCCGGGCCAUCAUCCGCACGUCAAACCCGGAUCGUUACCUCCAUCGCCGGCAGACAGCGGCGUCUCGGACGUAGAUAGCAGCAGCGGCCACACCAGCAACGACGAACUCAAAUCGCGUCUCCAAUCAUCAGGUGGUGUUUAUGGCAACGAGGACGACCUGGUCGAUAGCCAAAGUCCAUCGCCAAUCACCUCUUCUUCUUCUUCUUCUUCCUCCUCUUCUUCUUCCUCUUCUUCUUCCUUCUCCUCCUCCUCUUCUUCGAGUCACUGCAGUAACGGUGGUGGUGGUGGUGGUCCCGGCCAGCGAUGCAUCCCGCAGCCGCUCUUCUCUUACGAACGCUUCUCUGUCCAUCAGCAACGUUCUCUUUACGCUGUCAGCGACGGUUUCGACAAUUUCCACCCGCCGUCGACGCCCUUGUCGGCUCAUCCGCCCUCGUCUUACGCCAUCCAUUCCCAGCAGCAGCAGCAUCAGCAGCAGCAACAACAGCAGCAACAACAACAGCAACAACAGUUGUACAGCAACAGCAAUGGCUUGCUGCAUUCACGCGUUGGAGGCGGAUCCGCUUCCGCCGUGGGACAUCCGCCGCUGCAUUUGAUUCCGGGAUCGCCGGGCAACGCUCACCACCACCAUCAUCUGCACCAACACCAUCAGUUCCACCAUCAUCACAAUCCGGCCGGCCCGUCGUCGGCCAUGGUGGCCUUGCUGUCCGGAUCGCCGUCGGCCAGCGGAGGCAACGUGCCCAGCGUUCCGACUUCGGUCAUUCAAGCGCCUUCGACGGCCAGUCCCAUUUCCAGCGGCGGCGGAAGCCCCAGUGGUGGCGAAGACAAUUACUUCUCCGAGCUCUACAACUUGGGCGGAGGUGUCGGUGUUGGCGGAGGCUAUUCCGGUCAAUCGGGACUCGAAUCGCCUCACAGGCGGAAGAAGAUGAAGAAGCAACGUAAUCCAGACGGUCCCGAUGGAUGCCCAUCCGGCAAGAGGAAAAACAGAGAAGCUGGAUCAACGACAUACUUGUGGGAGUUUUUGCUGAAGCUGCUCCAAGACAAGGACUGUUGUCCCCGCUACAUCAAGUGGACCAACCGAGAGAAAGGAGUUUUUAAGCUGGUCGACUCUAAAGCCGUUUCCAGGCUAUGGGGUCUUCACAAGAACAAGCCCGACAUGAACUACGAAACGAUGGGUCGAGCAUUGAGGUAUUACUACCAACGUGGCAUUUUGGCUAAAGUGGACGGCCAACGACUCGUCUAUCAGUUCGUCGAUGUACCCAAAGACAUUGUCGAAAUCGAUUGUACGGGAGCCUAAGGAAGAACUUCUACAACAAAAAUCAGAAGAAGGAAAUCCAAAAUUCUUUCCCCUCUUUUCCUUUUGCUCAUCUUCGUUCAUCCCUGCGUAAAAGUGUGAAACGGAUGGAUGCCUGCCUCCGUGCGACCAGGUCGCUGAGAAGGAAAGGACAACAACAUUGGUGGAGGAUGUCUACCCUCCUCAAUUCUCUGCUCCUCGUCCCCCCCCCCCCCCCUUUCUUUACCCCAUUUUUUGUCCAAGUGCCUUUUUGAUCGGUUCUCUUCUUCUUCACGACAACAAAAAGCAAACAAAACAAAUCCACCGGCCUCUUCUUUUUUGAAAACAAUAACGUUUGAAUUCGAGGAAAUGAUCCGAUUUUCUUUCAUCUCGAUUUCUUCCUUCUUGUAUCCCUUUCAAUUGUUUUCUUUCAAAGGCCCGACUUUGUUUUUUUUUGUUUUCAGGAGUUAUUUUUGGGGGGGAAAUUUUAUUUUAGUAGUUCACUGUGUGUGUCGGAACCUCAACUGUGAUGAUUGUGCGCGCGUUAGUUGGAACGAUAAAACCCAAGAGCGAUUUAAAAAAUUGAAAUGCAGAUUGGAAGGUUCGUUUACAGUGUGUCCCCACUAAGCCGAAAGAAAGGAGAGGGGCUCAAUUCAGUAUAAGUGUAUUAUAUAAUAUUGAAAAAAAAAAAAAAAAAAUUUUUUUUUUUUGUUUAGUUAUUUAUAACGAGUUACAAAAAAAUCGUAAUCUGAUCAUCAUCGUUGCGUGUGUAAUUUAUACCAAUCCCCUCCAUCCCCCACAAAACACCUCGAGGAUAGGAAAAAUACGACAACAGUUUAGUUCGAGCUACUAUCGGUGAUUGCGUGAAUUUCGUGAUUCAGCGUGCAAUGUCAUAUUGUUGUGUGAAAUGAAAAAGAUGACUUAGGCAAAGGACUAAGGGAUGGCGAGGAGGAGAGAAAGAGAGAGUGCCUCGAAGAGUUCAAUGUUUAUAUUCUACAUAGCGUUUUUUUUCACCUGUCCCUCCAUUAAAACCAUUAAUUACGAAAUAGAAAAAAAAGAAAAUUAAAAAAAAAAAUGAAGAUGAUGUAAUAUUGUUAAUUUCCCUGAUUGUCGCAUUUUCGAAGUGCUAGAAGAGAAACCGAAGAGAGGAAAAUUUCAAAAAAAAAAAAAAGUAUAUAUAAAAUGUUCAAUUUGUUUUUGUACUGUACCUUCGACAAAACAGGUGAUGGUCACCACAAAGGGAAACGCUAACGUGCUGUUAUCUAUAUACAUUAUACAUAUUCGGGUAUCAUGUUUGCGCUAUAUACUUAAGUUAUUUCAGAGCGAAUGUCCAUUGCAUGUCAUGGUGUGAAACAAUGCCUUAAUUUUGCCCGCCAGCCCCACCAUUUCAAUUUUGUUAUUGUGACCCUUUUAAUCAACCACCAAUCCCAUUUCAUCAUCCAAGACGAAUCCCAGUUUUCUAUGUCUUUUUUUUUCUUUUCUUCAUUUUGUUUGAAAUCGAGAAACCAAAACAGGGAGAAGGCUAGUUACACUCAAUUUGACCUACUCCAUAACCCAGACAUUUUAACAAAGAAAAAUGAAAAAAAAAAAAAUCCCUCUCCGCACUUCAAUUAUUCAAAAAUGGCGAACAAAGAAAUGGAGAUCUCAAUUCUGAUCCCGUCUUCAUCACUGCAUCACGCGACACGAUGAUGGUUCGUGCCAAGAGCCCCCCCCCAUCCCAUCACACAAAUGUCCCGCUCCGUUCAAUACUAAACUCCCCCAAUUUACAAAAAAAAAAAACAGUUGUUAUUUGCCGCUAUUCAGAAAUUUUAUUUCCCUUCCAUUUUUGCGCCCUUCCCCAUUGGUAUCGAUCUGAAUUGAAAAGACACACAUUGAACGUGGAUGCUCAGCAAUGAUGUCAUUUGGGCUGGUGGUUUUCGGGUGGUAAGGGUUCGCGUUUAACGCGCCCGUACACGUGUCUAUAGGUACGUCUUGACCUGCUUCGCUAUUUUAAGGUGCGGCACGAUCGAUUCGAAAUACGGCACGUCAGCGAUUUCAUUUAUUUUUAAUGAGUGUGUGUGUGUGUGCGGCGAUAUGCAGUGCGUUAUUGUAAUUUCAUUGAACCGCUUUGUAUUUCUCUUGACCUGAAAAAAAAAAACAAAAAACAAAAAAAAGGAAAACUUGUGUGUGUGUGGCGGGUACAUUGUAAUAAUACAAUUGUCGUGUCUAUACAA